AUGGAAAAGACCAAGAUGGUGGCCCGGUCCCAUGUUUGGUGGCCUGGCCUGGACCACGACAUCGCUCACAUGGUGCUGAGCUGCCAAAUCUGCCAGGAGCAUCAGCGGGCCUCGCGCCAUGUGGAAAUCACCCCAUGGCCAGUCCCACAGAGACCCUGGUCCUGCCUACAUGUGGAUUUUGGGGGGUCCUUCAAGGGCCAUUACUUCCUGGUGGUAGUGGACGCCUUUUCGAAGUGGGUAGAGGUACUACGUUUUGCCGCGCUACAACAGGUCUUCGCCGCCCAGGGGUUGCCGGACAUCGUGUCCGACAGUGGUCCUGCUUUCGCCAGCACGGAGUACCUGGCCUGGCCGACGAAGAACGGUAUCUGCUGGAUGAUGGUCCUACCAUACCACCCUGCUUCAAAUGCUGCAGCCGAGCGGGUGGUGCAAACCAUCAAGGACAAGCUCAAGAGCCAGACUGGGGAUUUCCAAAUGCAGAUUGCCCGGAUACUGUUUCAGUGCCGGACCACGCCCCAUGAUGUCACUGGCUGA